AGCAACAGUGACUGACUGCAACAACAACGCUAACGCCAACGACGACGUCCCUCGGCCAGCCGUGUUCUAUGCACAGUAACUUCGUCCGUCGAUACAACGUCGAAAUGUCAUUUGUUAAUCAGUCUGCGAGUACCGGCCACAGUUGAAGUUAAUAGCACAAUUGCGAAGGUUUGUCAGUCGCAAUCGUGCACACGGUCAAUGCGAAAGUGUAAAAGUCACAAAUUGCAGCUAAUUAGUGGCCAAAUACAGAAAUUUGUGCAAGCGUACGAGCCGUCUUACACUACGCCAAUAUAUUACUAAGUGUCAAAGAAUUAGUUGAUCAGUUAGAACGCGGUGCGAGCAAACAGAAAAGUGUUGAAUUUCGCAAGAUUCAAGUUUAAUUAAAAAAAAUAUAUUUUGCAAAUUUUCCUUAAAAUUAUUAAUUUUUUUUUUCGCAAACUAAAGUGACAAUAUUUAACGCCUGCGAAUAUACUGUGUGUGAUGAUAGGCAUUGUUAUUAGUGUUAUGAAAUAAAAAAAUAUGUUAAAUUUAUAUCAAAAUUUGAGCAAAAAACAAAAUUUUGAAGUUUAAAAACAUAAAAAAAAAAAUUAAACGAAGUACGUUAAAAUAAAAAAAAUAAUCAUAAAACAACAACAACAAUUUUUAAUACAAACAAAAAAACAAACAAUGUUUGAGCCCGCUCUCAUGCAAUACAACGACUGUAAUAUUGAGCAACGCCUGCAACUACCACAAACCAACAACAACAAGUGUUGUAAAAUUUGCCAAAAACAAACGGCACAUAAGCAGCGUAGUCGAGCGGCUAAACAUAUCAUGGCCAACAACAACAACAAUAACAGCACCACCCAACAAACGCUUAACGCAGCGCCCGCACCAUUGGCAUGCCAUACAAGGCUGUCGAGCGCUACCGCUGUCGAGCUCUCAGAUUCCGUCGCUCAAGUGCACAACACCAAACAAUCGGACCACAACAACACAACAAUUUUUGGUUUUGCCCGCCACCGCUGCAUAACAAUGCGUCGUCUAUGCGCUUUGCUGCUUAUCUGCACGCUGCUCAACACCGUCGAGGGUUGCGGCCCGGGACGGGGUAUUGGUGGUCCGCGUAGACAUCGCAAACUUACGCCGCUGGUUUUCAAACAGCACGUGCCGAAUAUGUCCGAGCGCACAUUGGGCGCUUCCGGCCUCAAUGAGGGCGUCAUCAAGAAGAAUUCACCAAAAUUUAAGGACUUGGUACCGAAUUACAAUCCCGAUAUCAUAUUUAAGGAUGAUGAAGGCACCGGCGCUGAUCGCCUGAUGUCAAGGCGCUGCAAAGAAAAGCUGGACAUACUCGCCGUUUCGGUGAUGAAUCAAUGGCGUACCGUACGUUUGCGUGUCAUCGAAAGUUGGGAUGCGGAUAAUGCACAUCACGAUGACUCGCUGCAUUAUGAGGGACGUGCUGUCGAUAUAACAACAUCCGAUCGUGAUCCCAGUAAAUAUGGCAUGUUGGCGCGUUUGGCGGUCGAAGCGGGUUUCGAUUGGGUCUACUAUGAGAGUCGCGCGCAUAUUCAUUGCUCAGUGAAAGCCGAUUCACAACAGCUACCACACGUGAGCGGUUGCUUUGCGGCCGACAGCAGCGUACUACUCGAGAGCGGCGAACGAAAAUCACUGCGCGACUUGAAUAUCGGCGAACGUGUGCUCGCCAUGGAUGCUGCGGGUCAACCCGUCUACAGCGAAGUCAUACUCUUUAUGGAUCGCAAUUUGGAGCAAGUGGAGAACUUCGUGCAGAUACAUACAGUUGGUGGCGCUACAUUGACUGUGACGCCGGCGCAUUUAGUAUUAGUUUGGCAUCCGACCGAACAUCGUUUGGAGUAUAUGUUCGCCGAUCGUGUGCAGGAGAAUGAUUAUGUGCUGGUGCACGAUCAGUACGGUCGUCUGAGUCCGCAGCGAGUGCAGCGUUUGAAGGUGGCGCAUCGGUCGGGUGUGGUGGCGCCACUCACACGCGCCGGUACCAUUGUCGUCGACUCGGUGACGGCCUCCUGUUACGCUGUGGUUAAUAGUCAAAAGCUAGCGCACUGGGGUCUAGCGCCCAUGCGUCUAAUGGCGUCCAUGCGUUCGUGGUUGCCUGGCAGUAACGAUGUGACGACGACGACGACGCCGACGGAGCAAGCAAAGAGUGUCGCUGGCAAUUCGACGCUGUCAGCGACGUCGCGUACGAAAGGUAUACAUUGGUAUGCGCGUUUCUUGUAUGCGCUCAAGGAUAUAGUGCUGCCGCAGCAGUGGCGCUAUCAAUGACCUGGCACGCGCUUGUCUUAAGCUCAAGCUAGUGGCAACUAUACGUAAGAUGUGUUGGAAAUUUGGUUUCAAUGGCAUUUGUGCCUAAACGCUACUUCGUCACCGUUUGCGAAGUUUCCGUUUUAGGCGCGCUCUGGCAUCACCGUUAAGUUGCAAAAAGAGUCGCUGAGAGUAAGCGACUUAAUUAUCUUAUUGAAAAAUUUGUUGUUUCUGCAUGCUUAUUAAGUAGUUUAUUAAUUAAUUAUUGGUUAAGUAGGAAAUCUUUUAAUUAUUUUAUUUAAACCUUAAAUUAACCAAUGUAUGAAAGUGCGCCAGUGUUAUAGCAAGCAAGGAAAAGUUAAGUUUUUCAAGAAAAAAAUUUCAAUUGCUAAUUAAACCAAUUAUUUACUGGCUAAUUAACUUAUUCGCGUAUGUAUGUAUGUAUAUGUGUGUGUGUGUAAAUAAUUAUGUAUAAAAUUUAGUUUUAAGCAGCCAGAAGAGCAAAAAUUACAGUGUUAUAUAUAAAAGUAUAAUGAUAAUGUAAUAAUUUCAAUAAAAAAAAUGUUUUUUUUUAUAAAAAAUGUAAAUCACCAUAUUAUUUAUAAAGUUAAAAUAUUUAUUGUACGCACUAUGUCUGCUUGUGAACACAAACAUUGCGAAAAUUCCUACGGCACAAUUUUUAUUUUAACUUUCAUGGUACUUUAAUUAGUUUUCUUUUAUUUAUUCUAAAAGAACCAAUCCUUCUAAUGCACCAGUUGUAGUAUAAAAUACUCAAAUUUCUUUGCACCUACAAGUUACUAAAAAUUAUAAAUACAAAUAUAAAUACUAAAGCUUACUACGCGCCGCAUUAUGUUGACAAGUGCUUAGGGACUGAAUUUUGUUUAAAAUAAUUUAUUUGUAAAAUUAUGUGAAAAUUCUUUAUUAAAUUAAAUACUAUUAAUAAUUAAUUUUAUAUUUAAUGUAAAUAUGUAACAACGAUGUAGUUAAUAAUUUUUUAAACUGAUAAAAAUAUGUAUUUAUAUUAUAUGUAUAUUGCGACCAUAUUCUGAUUAUAAUAUAUAUUUGACUAAAAUAUUUAUA